ACGCCUUUCUGUCUUCUCCCCCCGUCGUCUCCCCCUUCUACAGAGUGCGGUUAACUGGAGAUCUGACAACGUCCGACUCCGUCAAAGCUUCGGUUUCCCACAGGUACCGUGCCACUCUCAUGGGUCGCGUAGGGUCGCGUCCGAACGCGAUUACCGUAGCCUCGCAUCAGUCGCAACGCUCUCGGCUCAAAUCAACUACCUCACAGUCUCGAAGGAGGAAACUGAUAAUAAGUCUCUCUCUAUGGAGGAACUUAAUCAUACGCUGAAACUCGACUACAUCCUUGCCCACGAGCCGUUCGACGAGAUAGGUUGGCAAUAUUUCCCCAUUCCUGAAUUCGACCUCAAACCACCAAUCUUUGACUACGCAAUCGCGCUUACGCUGGACGAACUGCAUGACUAUUCUCGUGCUCACUUCCCCGAUUCCGAGAACAUGAUAAUGUCGUUUGUGGUGAACAUACGCCGUGUUUUGUGCAGGUUGAAUGAUAUGUUCAGUCUCCAUCCAUUGUUGGGUAUCUCCGAUAGUGUUGCCCUCACGAGGAAAUCGAAAGACAUGCUUAUAUCCAUCAGACUUUGCACCAACUAUCGUCGUCCGAGAGCCCUUCCAAAUUGCCGUCCAUCUGUGAAGAGGUUGAUGACGAUUGCGGAUGGUUUGGAAGCCGAAUUUGGGAAGCCGAUGAAGUGGUAUCUCAGCGGAGACAACGAUACCGAUCUCCAGCACGACUACAGUGUCCCUAUGUGGAAGCUGGACGAAGUUGAAGCGAAGCGCGAGAAAGAAAAGAAUUCAUAAUGGGUCCAGUCUCGUUCAUUUGUCUUGACGUUCCUCUGCCCGUAGUGCCAGAACAUGAGUGGGCGCCGUAUCCACUGGGCCACUCUACCAUAUUUAUAUCUCCCAAGAUUAUUCACUUUCUCUUCGUACUUUUCCAUCAUAACAGCGGCUCCGGAUCCACUCGCAAUAAUCUGGAUAUUAGAAGCUUGAAACGCCUUCCUCGCGAACUGCGGGGACUUGGCGUUGUUUAACACGUCACUCGAAUUUCCUCCAACUGAAGAUGGACAGUCAAAUAAUCACCCCUCAGAAUUCGAUAUCAUUUGAAGUUUGUAGUAUACCAUGGUACACUGUCCAGUACGUAUAAAAAGGCUUUGUGUAAAAAUAUCUUCCUAGCACUGGCAGCUAUCGUACUCAAUUGAAACAAUGUCUCGGGUCCCUUGAGUACCCGGCGACGACUCC